AGAGCCGGGUUUCGAAUUCGUGAUACAGGAGUGGGUUGUGGCCCGUCAAUCUCUUCGUCGUCCUGUUCACAUCUUCGAAGUUCACUCGGGCUUCAUAUCUUUCCUGUGUGCAGAGGGGCACUGAAAUCCUUGUAUCGUCAUGCUUUUCCAUUUUGUUCCGAGUGUCGAAAGUUGGCCAAAUCUUGGCACUGCCACUCACUCUGCGACGCUUUCCGACCCGAUCUGGUUGUGGGGAAGGUGACGAACAAGAGGAUCGAUGGUGUCCAGAUGAGAAAAGUCAAUACGUACAAAAAACUUAGCCUUGCAAUGAAUGUGGCACGAACCCCUUCCCACCAGACCAGAACAUAAAAGCCGCGUUCCCACAAGAGACCGAUCCGAGAAACCAUCGAGCAUUUGACGAACUGAGACCGUCCGGCAGAACCUCCAGUUGAAGAGCGGCGUUCUCAGAAGCUACCGAGUCCGAGUCCGAGUCCUGUGAACUCCAUUCCAUCCCUGCCCGUGUGACAGAAGAAGAUCGUCUCCCCCUCCCUGCGCGUGUGCAGAACUCGGGGAAGAGCCCCUCUCUCAGACACAGCCCGAUCCUAAUCGCGAUCCCUGCAGAUCUGCGUAGGCACGAUCGAUUGCAUCGCAAUCGCUUUCUUAGAUGGAAAGAUUAUCUGUGCAGGAAAGGAAGAGAGAGGCCCAUCAUGUGCACAUUUGAGACGCAGAAUGCAGCGUAGGAAUCGCGGACAAUCUCCAGGGGCCUCUCUAUAGUCUCCACAGGAAGUGUCGAGUACAGACUCCAUAAAUAUCUGGACCGCACAUUUGCUUCCAACCGAAGCAUCGAGAUUCAAUUUGACAGAAAGCGCAAAUGUUGGAGAUCUGCCAUCGACCUGAAGGAGCCGGAGAAUCCUGAGAGUGCGUGCCUGGAUCGGACGAGCGAUCGAAUCUGCUCUCCGGCUUAUCGUCGGAAACGACGAGCGGGCGGGCACACAAGAACCGCAGAGGAGAUCAGGGACGAAGGGCGAAAGGACAUUUAGAGACGAAGGAGACGGGCUAGGAAAGAAAUCUUUGCGUUCUUGGUGCUGAGCACCAUCUUUGAGUGCAUGGACGGUCGGGCCGGGCUCCAGGGAGGGAUUCUAGUGUCCAUGAUUUGCUGAUAUUGCUGGUGGUAGUUACGAUCCAAGCAAGCAUUAGUAGACUCUGGGCUACUACUUCGUGGUCGUCAGAGCAAACCCUCAAGCGCCUUACCCUAGGGAUGCAGAAUGUCAGUGAGGCAGAGUCGAGACUCGAGUGACAUGGUGCUUUGGGAGUGUUGAGCUGCAUCCUGAGGGAAUUCAGAGCUGAUCGAAGCCAUGGACAUGAUCGUCCUGACAAUCUGUACUUCCGAACGAGCAUAACGAGAGCUGCUCCCUCGAUAUGGCAAAUUUGGUCGUGGCCCACCCUCCCUGGCUCAUAGAUCAAUGGUGCAAUGCAAGAGUCAAUGAAUCGACAUUUGUCGAGCACGAAGUAGAAUGCAGGAUCCGCAUUAUUUCAGUCAUCAAUUAGGAUUCAACUGGCUUUCGCUUUGAGGCCGUUGCCCAUUCCUGAUUGAAACAUCGAUCCCUUUACCAAUCAGAUGAAGUCGGCUCUCAUGACCACCAUGUGCUGCCAGAAUGACAAAAGCGUGAUAUCGAGACCUGUGUAAUGAAAACUUGUAGCCUCAUAUCUCAAUCUAGUGAAAUCCAUCAGAGCUCUGCAUUUUUCAAACAAUCACUCCCCAAAAGCUGCUCAGAUUCCAACAAGUUUCCUACGGGAGUGAUCGGAGGAAAGUGAGUUAUGGAGAAGCUUAUGGGGCAUGAGAGUAAACAUUGCUGUCGAUAGAGACCAGAUAUCUUUGCAACGCAGGGUUCAGGGUUUGAACGGAGCAGAGCCUAGUCUGGCGAUGGUUUGAGCCUGCCUCAACGUGACGGAGCCACAGAGCCUGGUGCUGUGGCCAGCUUGGCAGUAGUAUGAGAGACAAGAGCGGGAGAAGACGCUAGGGAGGAGCAAUGGGCCACUGCAGAGUUAAGGUUCACUUGAGACUGAGGCCGUCGUGCAGGCCAUCGACGGCAAUUCACGUCGAUCAUGCAGCUCAUACGAUCCGCAUCGAUGUUCUAAAGCAACACGGCGGUGGUCCUCCCAAGCCUUACAAUGAUCAAAUGGUGUUUCCUUUCGACAGCAUCAUCCAAAGCUCUUGUCAGGAGGCUGUAUUUGAGCAGUGCGCCAGGCAGGUGGUAGAGGAUGUGCUGGGCGGCUACAAUGGAACCAUUCUGACCUACGGCCAGACCGGAUCAGGCAAAACCUUCACAAUGACUGGCGACACAAAGGCCUACGCGCAUCGAGGAAUUGUUCCGCGAGCUGUGGAGCGUAUUUUUGCUGAGAAAGUUGCCAAGCCGGAAGCCGGAAUUACAGUUCACGUGUCAUACCUUGAGGUUUACAAUGAGGGUAUCUACGAUCUCUUGCCUCAGAGGAGAUUGGCUUCAGCUGUGAAUUUAGUGGCUAUGGAAGACAAUGGACUGAUUGAAAUAAAGGGACUCAACAAAAUGCAUGUCAACACUGAAGAGGAAGCUAUGAAGUAUUUCUUUGAAGGAGAAAGACACAGAUCUGUUGCUCCUCACGCCUUAAAUCAGAUGUCCAGCAGAUCACACUGUGUCUUCACCAUGUUCGUAGAACGACACUCGGGACUCAGAACACUGCAAGAAGUGACCAGUUCAAAGCUAAAUCUUGUGGAUUUAGCUGGAUCCGAACGACUCAAACGUACCGAAGUUGGAGGGACGACGAAGAAAGAAGCGAUGUUAAUCAACAAGUCACUUUCUUUCUUAGAGCAGGCGGUAUUUGCGCUAAGGCAAGGACUAGGACAUGUGCCCUUCAGACAAAGUCGUCUGACGACUCUGCUGAAGGAUGCUCUCGGUGGCAACUGCAAAACCGUGCUCAUUGUGUGUGCUUGGGCCGAAGACUUCUUUCUUGAUGAAACGAUAAGCGCAUUACGAUUUGCCCAGCGCGUCAAAUAUCUAAAGACAAGCGCUGUUAUUAAUAAAAAAGCCGACGCUGCGAACACUCAGAGGAGAUAUGUGAGAGAAAUUUCCGAGUUGAAGCAAGAACUGGCCCUAAGAGAUGCCCUCACCGGACGGCCGAGCAUAUCUUACGACGAGUUGACGGAAGAAACUAGAUCGGCUCUUAGAGAAAGGAUACAGGCAUUUCUGGCUGAGGAAGCAGGGAUUGACAGUAUACCCAUUGAAAAUUUCAAGCAGGUGAAAGAGUUGUUCUGCCUUUUCAAGGAGGCGCAAGUUUCUCUUCGCGGGGAGUUGGAGAAGCUUUUGAGGGAUUAUGGAGGUGGUCCGGAUACAUUCUUAAACCACUCGCAGCAUGACGUGGACAUUAACCCUGGAUCUGAAGAAGCAGAUGAUGAAGAAUGUGUCGGAGAGCUUGACAAGGAGGGAUUCCAUGUGGGACCUGUGGCGCCUGACAAUGCGAGACCGGACUUACCGACCAGUCCGCACGCGAUGCUUCGAGCUAUUCGCAGUCCCGGACUCAAAUAUGGAGAAGACACAUUGUUGGAUUAUAAUAAGGCGCCACCUGCAGUUGCUCCGCCUCCGAACUUGUGGGAGUUGGAUGAAGAUACCAGGAAUGAGGCAUUUUCGGAGUUCAAGCACACCACGGAUGAGGGUCGGACUCAGGAUCACGAACUGAGAACCAAGACAGCUGAGCUCAGACUGAGGAAGCAAACUGCACGCGAGUUGUGCACGACGGUCAAUGACGCAAAGCUUGAAAUUGCUAACAUCAAGAAAGUGUUGGACGAACAAUCGAAACAAUCGGCUCGCGUGGAGUUUAACAACCAAGGGUUCGACGAGCAGAAGUACCACCUCAUGCAAAGGUUCAGGGAGGCGAGGUCGGCGUAUCAAAGAGGUGCGCAGGAGUUCAAGGAAGUGAAGACCGACCUCGAAUUGUUGCAGCAGGAGGUCAGAGACUGCAAGCAGAAGCUGCUGGAGUCGUUUUUCCGAUGGUUUGAGGUGAAGACGCAGUACAAAGGCGACUUGCAGCGCCUCAUGACCCCGCUCUCCCCAGCUCGGAUCGCCAGCCCGAUCGGCGGCCCUAAACCCUAGUGACAAGCUUUCGUCCUCCGGGAAAAUCCCGCCGAACCGGCAUUCGCCAUCGCAGUCUCAGUAGCAGAUUGCGAAAGGAUUGGCCUCGAGGAGCCGAGGAAUGCUUCGAACACCACCGAGUCAGGGAAGGGGCCGAAGGUGGAUACCCUAAUUCAGCAGAGAAUUGUAAUUCUGGAAGAACGUUCUCGUGGUCGUCCGUGGCUCGUCUUUCUGAAUCCGGAUCCGGCAUGUACAAGGGGUCGAGCUCGGAUCGAUGAAUGUUUGGAAUCGGUGGCGGGGAUUUUUGUCCGUCUCGAGGCGGGAAAAGCCUACGUCUGUACAAUAGCCUCAUGGUAGCCUCAUGGCCUCGCGACCCGGUCUUGAAAAGAUGCUCGCAAGGUCCACAUAUUCCGUCUGAAAUCACGCUCGGACGCUGGUCUUUUAUUAUUUAGAAUCUAGGUUCCACUUUAUGACCUCAUCCCAGCGUCCAAAGCACACUCCCGACUCCUCCCCGCACAAAAGUGAUGAUUUCGGACCUUGUGCGUCUAAUUAUGCGCGACGAUGCAACUUACGCAACAUAGCACAUUAACUCCACGGAUGAUGACAGGCGGUGACUUACGAGAGUCACCAAAGCUAUUGUUAGGAACUUGGAUCGGGUUGCAUGUUAUGUUAUCUUCUUCUUCAUCAUCAUCAGCAUCAGCAUGCUUCCUUAGUGAUGACGAUCGCCCGAUCGCUCUACAUGAUCUCCAAUCGCGGUCCCUCUGUCCCGAAUGUCGAAGAAGGCCACAUGUCGCUGCAGCUCGCCCUGCGACUACUACACGAACAUGGUUCGUCAAAGAAACUCCCGUACUCGAAAUUCGCAUCCUUCGCCUGUAGGACAUUGGAGUUUUGAUACGUGAAUUGAAUAGAAAUAAUAAAUCAAAGGUCCGCAGGCGUCGAAGGGAUAGGCUCCAAACAUUGAGGAGGCAAGAAUUUGGCUGCCCGAGAAGCUCGACGAGCAAGCAGGUCCAAUACUUCUUAAAAAAUUCGUAGUUUCUCUCA